CCAGUCGCUGCGCUUUUCGGAGCUUAAACAUAGACGAAGCUUCGCUGCUCCGCCUGCAGCAGCAGUUCCUUAUUCGUUCAUUCUUGAAUAGGAGAGGCCUUCAUCAAUCAAUCUUCAGUCACAUUCCAUCCCCAAGCACUUCAUAACUUGCUUUGGUAAGAUCGGCUCAUUAACAAAAAAAAUUGACUCAUUUCACUGGAUCAGCUACGACCGUUGCUAGGUUAGGGACAGCUCCGAAGAAUGGAAGGAAGACGGAUCAAAAGUACACAUACAAUUAUAUUCAUCUAUAGGGAUAAAGUAUUUAGCAUGACCAUACUAUGGAUCGAACUUUAACUCUUUCCGGCUGAGAAGAGCUUUUUUCAAUUCAUUUUUUCAGUAAGUUGCUUCUUAGUUCGACUCUGCCUCAGGUCAGUUGGUGAACUUUACUAAGUAAGUCACAUUCCUACUUCAGUCUUCACGCCCCGGCUUCUGCUUUCGUUCGAGUGCUAGCUUCUCCUCAUGCAGUGGUUAGGCAGGUAGAGUACGGUCCCGAUGAUCGAAUGUUUUAUUCCACUCGUCCCCGUGUCAGCUAUUCCCUGAGGGCGAGACUCUUCAUCUGAUCUUGAGCAAGCAGCCGAACCGAACUCUUUCUCAUCUGCUUCUGCUCUUGCUGUUGCCAAUUAGAGAAGGUUUCCUUCAACUCUGCUGCAUUGCCUUCUCAUAAGGGUUCCUCCGCUCCCGGCUGGCCUAUUAGGAAGGCCUCUCCUCUUUCUGGCCGGACCUCUUCUCGCCGAAUCCCUAAGACAUGACAGGGCAGGUGAGAACAACAGAGUUGGAUCCCGAAUCACUAAAUAGUAAGGGUGCCCGGGCUCGGGACUUAGAUUCUUCAUCUUGGAAUCGGGGGAAACAGAAGAGAAUGCCGUGCGUGCUGUUCAAACUCGGACUUUUCCCGCGAGUUGGCUUGCUAGAUGUCAUCUCGGUUUCAGGGGCAGACUCUGAUCCCUCUGGCCUUCACGCUAUUGGGAAAGCGGCUGCGAUACAGACAGAUCGUCCGAUAUCAGUUCUCUCUCUAACCCGAAAAUCAUACGACUUGAUCUGCCUUCCGCCUCGUCCGCCACUGCAAACGGGUUCACUAAUUGCCCCUGGCCUCAGUCUGAGACUUGGCUUUGGGGGGACGCUUUGUCGAGUAGUCUCUUCCAAAGAACUAUCCGCCAAAUCAAAAAGCGUCUCGGUAGGGACCUAUCUUCUUCGUAGGGGCCCUUCUCUCUCCCCCGGAACUGCUUGUUAUACAUACCGCCAGCUCCCGGCGCUUCUGCUUUCUGCCAUAGAGGCUUCUGAACCUACUGUCUUGGGUUGGGAAAGCGACUUUACUUUCCCUUCGUCAUUGAUUUGGUUGGUACGGCCACUUUGCUUGAAGCUGGAAACCAAAGGAUUGAAGAAAAACAUCGAUUUGUCUCUAAGCUCCGGAUGCUUCAUUCCUGUGAAUGGGAUGGCACUUUCUCCCUCCGCUCAUCUUGCUUUUUUUGAAAUGGAGCUGCUCUGGCUUCCUGACCUGAUGAAUUCAAUCAAUAAGGGUUCGCUCUUGACCUGCGCCUCAGCUUGAGACAUUGGCGCGAAACGAAUAAGACCGGGACAGAUGCUGCUUUUGACUCUGAGGCUUGAUUCGCUUGACCUCAAUGUCUCUCUUCUUGUUAGCGAUCUUUUUAUGC